AUGGAUGAUCCGGCGGGACGGUCCAAAAUAUUACGGAAAACAACGAGCAGAGAAGGAAUGUUGACUUCAGAUGGCUUGGCCCAUAUUAUGAACGGGUCUUCCGAUGAAGAUGUUGACAGUGGAAGUGGUUGGAGCGGAGGUAAUGGAGAACAUGGUGAUAGCAGUGAAAACACACAAAACACCUGA